UCACCUUGGGCGAUCGAAGCCUCGAGCUGAUCCCUCAACGACGGACGUUCGAUGGCAGACACUCUCCUGCACACACACACACACACACACACAUGCACACACACACACACAGAGACACACACAAAGAGGGUCACUUCUUCAGCCGUAUCACCUUUUGCCAUGAUACAGUGUCAGACGAGCUAUGGACUCGUCCCAAAAGGUAGAACGUGUGAGGCACCACCCAAUCAAUCUGAUCCAUGGAAAGGCAAGACAAUGAGACAUGCAGAUGCCUUCAUGCGUGUCAUCGGCAGCACUGCGCGUGUGUACUUUAAUUUUCUCCUGCCGUUCCACGAUCAAGCACAUGAUGUACUCCUGGUGCAAUAGGUGCUCUUCUCUCUCGUCGCCUUGCUCUCGGCUUGAGAUGCUUGCAAGGAUCUUCCUUCCUCCUCUCCUCAGACGAGAUCUCGUCGACCUUAUCACCUUAACAUAACAACCCUGCCCACCACCGCAUUUCACGGCACACCACGAUUCAGCAUCCGUCCCAAUUCGACGUCCACUGUGGCGACGUUCGCACCGUUCUCGAGGAAGUCAACGCGGCCAUGAUGAUCGCCCUUGUGCAGAGCUGCAAAGACAAACAAAGACGAAACAACACCAGAAGGGCGCCGUGCUGACACAGGAAGGCGAGAAAGGUGACGAGAGAGAAGAGAGGGUUUUCGGCUCGCUCAAUGGCUGACCAGCUUGAGAUAGUCCGCUCGCAUCUGCCUGCCUUCACUGCCCGUCCCGAGUGCGUCCUGUCCGUCCCCGUCGUCCAGCAGCCAUGCGAUGUAUGCCAGUGGAGCGCGCUCGGCGUCGGAAAUGGACGAGAAGUCAGCUGCACAGGCACGACAGAACUGUCAUGCACACGUGGCCGGCUCGCUCUGUCUGACCUGGCCCGACGAUAGCCUUGACGUUGGCAAACUGGCGCAGGACGAAGAAAGGCCACACGAACUGCAUCGCCUUCUGUUGUUUCAGCUGCGGCAGCAGGUCGCCAUAGUCAAUUGGCCAUAGUCGCUGGCUGAACCAGCAAAUGCCCAUCUGCCCACCGGCACCGAACUGAACACGACAAAAGGCCAGCACCGCAUCCAUCGACUUGCUGACAGUGUGCGCACCUCCGCUGCACAAUGGUGACGGCGUGUUGGUAGUCGUGCUCGCACACCCUGCAGCACAAUCAGAAGCCAUCGAUCCGCUGUCAAUUAUGAGGUCGAGUGGCCCUCCCGACAGUUACGCGGCGUCGAAAUGCAGGUGGUCUCUGAACAGGGGAGGGAGACUUCGCUGCAGCAGAAAGCAGGCCACCCAGCGGACCGCGCACGGCAACCACCGGAUCGUGCAGCUGACCGGUAGCGGAUGGUCGUCUUUCAUCAUGAGAAGCUGCCCCGUGGCGUAAGCGAUGACGUGUCGAUGGGGGCACUCGUCGGCAACGCAGACAAAUAGCGAGACAGUACUCAAAUCGCCCGCCCACCUUUCUCAGGAGCUCGCAGCCGCACUCCGGCGAUGAGGCAACACCCAGCGCAUAGGAAACCGCAAAGGACGACCACUCCUUCCAAUUGCCGCGCCGUCGGAUCACCCGCACCAUCGCUACCAGGCACAGCACAUUGCCUGAACGAGGUAGAGGGGCAUAGACUCAUCGAUUUGUUUGUCUCUACCCACCUUCGGUGAAGUCGAUGCAGCGCAGCAGGUCCUUCUCCAUUCAUUGCCAGCCGGGCGGGGGCUCACUCAACAAACGUACGCUAGCAGAAAGACAGGCAGAUAGACAGCUGAUGGAUAUAAUCUUGUUUGUUGUCGUACCUGCCGGUCUUCGGUGUAGAGGGCCUCUUCUUUGAAGGGGCGCCGACUCCGAGGCCUGUUUCAUUGAGUCCCAUUGGCCAAUGCAGCAUACACGAUGCAUCUACUGAUCCAUCGCACUCUUAUUGCACCACGUGGUGGCCGCAUGAUGCGCUCGCUGCAUGGGUGGGGAAAGAGCCAACGAAAAUAAAAUGUAAGCAGCAAUCAAUGCUGGCGUCAGCACCAGCUCUCCUCGAUGAUGGCUGACAAUAGGACAGGGAAGGAGGAAGGAUGUGCGGUGAUCAAAGGUCGGCUGCUUCUGCCUGCCUUUCUUACUACCGCUGCUUGUCCAGGCCUGGCACCGCUUGAGGGGUUUAUUCAUUGUUGGCGGCCCACCGGUAACUCGCUGCCGCUCGGCCGAUGAUAAGAUGCCCAUGUCCAGGCCCGUCACCGACAGAAGUGACGAUAUGCUUGCGGUGGGGUGAUUCGUGUCCGUGGUUUGCGUCUUCUGGUACAGGCUUGCGAAGCUUAUCAGGCUGUUGUUACUGAAGCGGCCCACGUAGGGCAAGUCGGGCGUGCCUUCAAGUUUGUAGAGGGAUGAAGACAUGGAGAGAAGGUGGUGGUUUCUCCCCCAGUCGUCCAAGCGGUCCACAUCGAGCAGCUGGCCAUCAACGACCAU